AGAAAACAAACGAACAAAAGGAAAGGGGCACGAAAUAAACACCCCGUGCUUCCCCUCUCCUCCGCGAUCCCCCUCUCCCCUCUCCUCUCCGUCGCCGCCGCUCGCCGCUGAGUCCCCAGCACCGCCGCGGCCCCUCCCUCUGUUAACUUGAGGCUUGGGAGGUGCUUCUUGAUCUGGAGCUGUGGGCGGUUGCCUCGCGUCCAGAUUGAUCAUGAGCUCCAGAAGCCUCGUCCGAUCCCCGGUAUCCUGUAGUGCUGUAAACGAAUGCUUUUCCUACAAUUCACGCCGCCCAAGAAGCUACUAUCAGUAUUCUAAUACCAUGAAGCUACAGACACCGCAAGCUGGCCAGAUGCUUUUGCCUCGCAAAUUAUGGAAAUCUACUCGAUUGCAGACCACCCUUCUCAUCCAGAGGCGGACUGUAUCAAACUGUUGCUCUGACCUUAGUACCACUUACACAGAGCAACUUCCCAGCUAUUUAGCACUUAAUGUUUUGCAAGACCAAUCAAAUGCGAAACAAAACAAUAUUCGUAAAGUCCUUGUCAUCCUGAAUCCUAAUUCUGGAUUCCGUAGCUCUCGUGAGGUUUUCUACAAGAAAGUGCAAUCAACACUGAAGCUUUCAGGCUUCGCGAUGGAGGUUGUUGAAACAGCAUAUGCUGGUCAUGCAAAGGUGCUUGCUUCUACUGUUGACCUCAGUACAUGCCCUGAUGGCAUUAUCUGUGUUGGGGGUGAUGGAGUCGUAAAUGAGGUUGUGAAUGGUUUACUUGGUAGAGACGAUUUGAAAGAGGCGCUUCAACUUCCUAUUGGUAUAGUUCCUGCUGGUUCCGAUAAUUCAUUAGUAUGGAGUGUUCUUGGCAUCAGGGAUCCUGUGUCAGCAGCAACUGCUUUAGCUAAGGGUGGUUUCACACCGAUUGAUGUGUUUGCUGUAAAAUGGAUCCAAGCUGGAGUUACUCAUUUCGGUUUGACGGCUUCCUACUGUGGUUUUGUAGCUGAUGUUCUGCAAUUAUCUGAAAACUUCCGCCUGCAGCUUGGGCCCUUCCGUUACGUCAUCGCUGGCAUUCUUAAGUUUUUGUCCCUGCCCCAAUACAAAUUUGAGGUGGAUUAUCUGCCUUUAUCACCAGAGAAAAAUCCUAACUUGGAGUCACCGAUUGAAAAAUGCCAUGGCCAGCUUUCUGAUGACAGCAAGGUUAAGAGUGGUACUUAUAUGGAUAGUAGCACUGGAGAUAAUUGGGUUAAGAGGAAAGGGGAGUUUCUUGGCAUUUUGGUCUGCAACCACUUCUGCAAGCCUGCCCAGGGGUUAUUUUCUCCAGUUGUUGCACCAAAAGCUCAGCAUGAUGAUGGCAGUCUGGACUUGAUUCUUGUACAUGGAAGUGGAAGACUCAGAUUAUUUUGCUUCUUUGUUGCCUAUCAGUUUUGCUGGCAUCUUCUACUCCCUUUUGUGGAAUAUGUCAAGGUAAAACAAGUAAAGAUUAGGCCAGUGGGCAGUACCCACAGUGGUUGUGGUGUCGACGGCGAGCUUCUUCAGGCGGAAGGCCAACCAGAAUGGCAGUGCUCUCUGCUCCCAGUACAAGGCCGGUUGCUUGGCCGGCAUCCCAGAACAUAGAAGUAGGUUUGUGACUCAUCCAGAAGUCGUGCUGACAGUUCCGAGCAAUACUACAAUGUACCCAUUAAAUUAAGUGGUUAACAAAGUAUUGUUGCACUGUAAAAAUGUGUCUUCUUCCAUUAUUUUCACCCAUUCUCUUAAGGUUGUAGAUCUGCAGAUGAACUCCAGGUUUGUAGGCCCCCAUUGAUGGGCAAGUGUAUAUUCCAGGAAAAGUGAGGCUUCCUUCUCUUCUUUGCAUGGAAGUACAAUGCAGAUGUAAUGUUAAGCUUAGUUUUAUUCAUUAUUCUGAUUGUCUGUUUAAAGUGGCCUUUGAACA